UCCCUAAAUUCUAUAUUCAUAGUGCAGAGCUGUGACACAGAUAUAAAUGUUCUGUCAGCAAUAUAUAUGCUUUAUAAACCGUAGCUCUGCCUCUAAACAUUCAGUCGUUCUGGUGAUUAGCCGAAUUGCUGUCCAGCUACGGACCUGGUUUAUGCCCGCCGGUCUGGACUAAGUAACAAGGCUAAGCCCCUGGUAAUACUAGCCGCCUAUAGACCCUUUGCAGGUCCUCGCGAGUCGCGAAACAUAGUGAUCCACAGUAAUAGAGCUUGUUGUCGAACUAUAGUUAAAUUAUAAAUAAUAAAGUUCAGUUUUAGUUAAUAAAGUGUUUUUUUUUUAUAAACACCGAUAAGCCGAAACUAACAUUUGGUGUCAGAAGAAAGCGGGAUUUAUUCCUGUUGGACGCCUACUCCUGACGACGUCCAGAAACUAUAGUUCUCCGAGCCAAGCUGCCUGCCCUGCUGCCGUUCCUGAUCUCUCUGACAGACGGAUAGUCAGACUCCCAGCUACUCCGACAAUAAGACCACAUCGUGCCAUACCCUGUCGUUCCCGAGGGUUCACUGCCCAGCCGAGAGGUGCUGCCACGCGGUCCAGACUCCUGAAACAUCACCUACAUCGCGACGAGGCGUGCGGGAUUGCACGCGCGACCCAGAUCGACUCACCCGGCGUUGCAACACACUGCGCCGCUGCUCCGAUUAAUUCGCCGACUCAUCAAUGACACCGAUUCUUGUACUACUGGUCAUCGCGCCAGGCACCAUCGCCACAACCGAGUUAAUAACGCCAAUAGUCGAUAGCCCAGGUCUAUAUUUCGAUAAUCUAGGAAUCUUAAAAUACUACAAUAACUUCUGGAAUAUUAUUACAUUUACUGACUUAUCUUACAUAAAACCUCAUGUAGAAAACAUUAAAAAUGUUAUAUAUACCGUAAAAGAAACUUGCCAUAGUUAUAAAUCUGCUAAAAUACAGUCCGAUUGCUCUAACACACUUAGUCCUUUAGAAAUACUUCUAAAAAAUGUUGAAAAUAAUUAUCAAUCUCUAUCUCAUCUUACGCAGGAAAAAGGUCGUUCUAAAAGGUCUUCAUGGUUCGGUUUUGGUGGACCCAUACUUAAACAACUAUUUGGAUCCCUAGAUGAAGACGAUGCUCAAAUAUUUACUAAUGCUAUAAAUGCAAUUCAAGAUGACCAGAGACAUCUUGCAUCUUUAAUGAAAGAAAAUAUUCAUGUUAUCUCUUCUACUAUUAGCACAUUUAACAAUACUAUUCAGAAACUAAAUGAAAAUGAGCAAAUACUUAACAGUAACAUAGAAAAAUUAGAUAAAAUCCUAGAUAACGUUUUGCAAACUACAAAUAAAUUAGAAGCGUCAUCACAUCUCACAAUGACCUUUAGUGCUUUAGAAAGCUCAUUAAUGACUUUAAAUUUUAACCUCAAGGAUAUCAUUGACGAAAUCCUAUUCGGUAAACAAAACAUUGUCCAUCCCUCUAUACUAUCUCCUAUGCAACUUUAUAAUGAAUUAAACUCUAAUAAAAAUAAAGUUCCCCAAAAUUUUCCCUUACCCUUGAAUUUAGAAAAUAUGCACACACUUUUAGAUAUAUCCCAAAUUUCUAGUUUCAUCACUGACUCUAAAAUAGUAUUUGUUGUUAAAAUUCCUCUUGUUCUCUUACAAGAAUAUAAUUUGUACCAUGUCUAUGCCCUUCCUACUGCCCAUGAUAUCAAUAACCCACAUUCCUUUGCUAUGAUCAACCCUACUGCUAAAUUUUUGGCAAUAACAGACGAUAAAUUACUGUAUACAAUGACAGACUCGAUCAGUGAUUGCAAAACUCUAACAAAUAACUAUCGCCUGUGCAAAUUAGGCAAUGUGCAUUCUAGUGUCGCAAAUCCUACGUGUGAAGUGCAAAUCCUAAGUGCUUACAUAAAUAAAAUACCGGACACCUGUGAUUAUAAAAACGUAAUUAGUGAUAUUGACGUUUGGCAAACGAUUAGUAAUAAUAAAUGGAUAUAUGUUCAAUCCAACAUAGCUAAGCUCUCGGUUAAAUGUAACAAUAGUAUUAACGACUAUGAUAUAAUUGGAACAGGAAUUCUCAAGCUUCCAAAAGGAUGCACAGCUUUUCAUAAACUCUUGCAAUUCUCUCCUUCAGUAGAAUACGAAACUGCAUUGUAUAUGCCUACUCCUAACUUUAACAUUAUAAAUGACGAUUGCUGUUCCAGAAAGAAAAUAAAUUCUACGCUUCCAUAUCUAACACCAAUUAAAUUAUCUCAUAUAAACUUAGAUUCUUUGCAUUACGUUACACAUAGAUUAAAUCAAGUUAACGAUGAAAUUGAAAAGAUUGAAAACCAACCCUACCAUAUUAAAUAUGGAAGUUAUUUCAGUGUUUGUACAACUCUCGUAUCUUUAAUCGUAUUAUGCUAUAUUUCUUUCAAAAUGUAUAAAAAAUGUUGUAAUCGAAGAAAGCGUAAUAAUAGUUUAGAUUCUAGUUCUGGUUGCUGUAUUCAGAUUUUUAAUAGCUGCUAUACUAAACCUAAUCAAAAUAUACAAGCUAUUAAUACUAGUUCCGAUUAUGAAACACAUAAUAGAGCAUUCGAAUCCAAUAGUAGCUCAGAGAACUCUCCUACUUUCCUAAGGAGAAAUUUACAUUGAAAUGUUAUGUUUAGUACUUUUCCAUAAUUACUAUUAUACUAAUACUGUUACUAAAUUAUUAAAUGCCAAUUCAUGUUUGGUUUAUACUAUUACAUAAGUCUACUAUAUACUAUUUGCUAUUUUAAUACACUGGUUCUUUUGUAAUAAUAAGAAAAUGUUAUUUUGUAAGUUUUUUAUUUUCUAUUUCUUUGUGAUUGUAUUAUCUUAAAUAUUAUUACCUAUGUAGGAAAAGAAAAAAUAUGAUUAUGUUAUUCCUAAUUUUCAUUUCUAUUUCUUCUAUUGUAAUACUUGGAUCACUAUUGUAAUAUUCUACUCACAUCUUACUUACUAUGAUGCUUCGUCUUAAAGAGGGGAGGUGUUACAUCCCUAAAUUCUAUAUUCAUAGUGCAGAGCUGUGACACAGAUAUAAAUGUUCUGUCAGCAAUAUAUAUGCUUUAUAAACCGUAGCUCUGCCUCUAAACAUUCAGUCGUUCUGGUGAUUAGCCGAAUUGCUGUCCAGCUACGGACCUGGUUUAUGCCCGCCGGUCUGGACUAAGUAACAAGGCUAAGCCCCUGGUAAUACUAGCCGCCUAUAGACCCUUUGCAGGUCCUCGCGAGUCGCGAAACAUAGUGAUCCACAGUAAUAGAGCUUGUUGUCGAACUAUAGUUAAAUUAUAAAUAAUAAAGUUCAGUUUUAGUUAAUAAAGUGUUUUUUUUUUAUAAACACCGAUAAGCCGAAAC